AUUUACAAGACUCGACCAAUCGCGUGUCCGAAAGGGCACGCCACGUCUUUGUGUUUCUUCCGUCAGAUUCGCGAUUGGUUACCAAGGCAAACGUGCCUUAAGGUCAACCUUCCGGAGCAACUUGACUUAAUCGCCUGUCAAAUGUCACGUCACGAUAAUAAAAAUAAUUCGAUGCUUCAAAAAUAACAUUAUCCGGAACGAUUGAAUUUGAAUUUAUCAUCGAUUAGAGUUAAGAAUUGGUCGAAGUGGUCCGAAAGAAUAGACUCGACCUAAAUCUUUUUAGGAUCGAUUACGCAAUCACUCGACGUAUCAGAGCUGAUUAGAGCUAUCUCGAUUAAACAUAGAUUAAUUUAAUGGGCAAUUAAUUUGACGGAAUUUCUUAAAAUAAAAUUUCUAAUUGUAUAAUUUCGGUCGUUCCGAAUCUAUUUUUUUCCGUACAUUCAACACAUUUGCAAUUCUACUUACACACAUGUUGAUAAAAAUAGAUAAUAAUGAGCUAAUAAUUGUACUUUGACCGUAUGAACGUCUGCUCUCUCUCUCUCUCUCUCUUUCUUUCUUUCUCUCUCUCUCUCUUUUUCUCUCUCUCUUUUUCUCUCUCUCUCUCUCUCCAUUGACGCAGCAAAAAUUGUGUGCUAAAAAAUGAUACAUUUUACUACGGAAGUACAAAAAACUGCUGGAUCACGUAACCUCGCCUACGUUCCUAUCAUUAAUAAUUUUGCUCUUUCGGUAGCGUGUAUCGCGUGAUUAAUGGAUUUUUUUCUUUGAUGUGUUUGUGCGUGUGCAUGUUAAAUCGAAAAACGAUUUACAUUUUUCGGGGUCAGGCAAAGGUAUCAGCAUUAAUUUGACUCGCGAGUCAUUCGAGAGCGUGUGGCCAAUUUCUACGUAGACAUGGCAGGAACAAAAUCUAAGAAACCGAGCGCUCUCUCGAAGCUGUACCUGGCGUCGUACAAUCUAAUCCAGACUUUAGGAUGGAGUUAUUUAUUAUAUCAGAUUAUACAAUACUACAUCCAACCUUCUUCCGGUAGUACCUUGUGGGAUAAAACCAAACUACCUGUAGUUGUUUUUCAGAAUGCAGCUCUAUUGGAGAUCAUGCAUGCAGCAACAGGGCUGAUACCAUCCAACGUUAUGGUCACAACGUCUCAAAUCUUCAGUCGGGUCAUGCUCGUUGGAAUAAUCUUGGCCACUCCUGAGACAUACGCUGCUGCGUCUCUAGGUCUUCCACUAGCUCUCAUCGCGUGGUCCAUUACAGAAAUCAUUAGAUACUCCUAUUAUUUCUUAAAUCUUAUUGGCACUGUACCAUAUGCAUUAAUCUGGCUGAGAUACACUGCAUUCAUCGUACUAUACGUAUUGGGCGUAACGGGUGAACUGUUGUGUUACUACGCCGCUGUACAAUACGCCAGCGCUAAUCCCGACGCUUGGAGUUACACCCUACCAAACAAAUGGAACUUCACGUUUAGCUAUUUGUACCUUUUGAUAACAGUACUGCUACUUUACAUUCCAGGUUUUCCACCACUUUAUCUGCACAUGUUUGCACAAAGGCGUAAAGUACUUAACUCCAGUGCUACCGCGAAGAAGACACAUUAGCUUAGAGAAGUCUGUACAAUAAUAUUUUAUUGUACAUUUCUAAUUAUCAUAUUAUCCUCAUGGUAUUUAUAUGUACAAAGAAAAAGAUGGAAAUGGGAUUUAUAUGGAAUAUAAAUUAUAAUAUAAAAAAUUAAUAUAAAUUAUAAUACAAAAUAUUAAAAAAUGGA